UGAGGUUUUAGAUAUAAAUGAUCACGCUCCCGUGUUUCCAAAUAAAGAUACUACUCUCAAAUUUGAAAUAAGUGAAUCCGCUGUAGUUGGAGUGCCAUUUCCCUUACAGAGUGCAGAGGAUCAAGAUGUGGAGCAAAAUGCGUUGCAAAAUUACAUUUUGUCACCAAACGAUAAUUUUAGACUUAAUCAGCAUUCAAAUCCAGACGGCAGUAAAUAUGUUGAAAUGGUGCUGCAGAAGCCUCUAGACAGAGAGCGACGGCCCCGUUUGUCUUUAAAAUUAAUUGCAGUUGAUGGAGGAACACCACAGAGAUCCGGGACCGUAAAUAUUGAAAUAAAUGUACUCGAUGCCAAUGACAACCGGCCAAUAUUUAAUCAAUCCGAAUAUAAAGCCUCCGUUGUUGAAAAUACAACGAAGGGGACUCGUAUAAUAACUGUAAAUGCUACAGAUGCCGAUGGUGAUUCAAAUGGACUCAUCACUUACAGUUUGUCAAAAAUGAAAGGGGGUGCAGCAGAUAUAUUUAAUAUUGAUGAAACCACUGGCACAAUUUACGUGUCUGGUCAAGUAGACUUUGAAAGGAACAGAAAAUACGAAGUGAGGGUGGAAGCAAAGGAUCAAGGAGGAUUGACUGGGACCAGUAAAGUUAUAUUUGAUGUUAUUGACAUAAAUGACAAUGCUCCAGUCAUUCAUAUAAUGUCAUUUUCAAGUCCUCUGUCUGAGGAUUCACCUCCUGGCACAACAAUUGCAAUUUUGAACAUAAAAGAUGAAGAUUCAGAGAGAAAUGGACAAAUAAAAUGUUCCAUCGAAAGAAAACUUCCUUUUAAAUUGGAAAUGUCUCUCACAAACUAUUACAAUUUGAUUUUGGAUCAGAAUUUGGACAGAGAAUCUGUUUCAGAAUAUAACAUAACAAUUACAGCCACCGAUCUCGGAACGCCUCCUCUUUCUAGUUCAACCAAGUUACAUCUCAGAAUAUCAGAUGUGAAUGACAAUGCACCGCUAUUCAAUAAAAAUAUUUACUCUGCUUAUGUCGCAGAGAACAAUUCUCCUGGUACUUCCAUAUUUGCUGUUUCUGCCGGAGAUGCUGAUUGGAAUCAAAACGCGAGAAUCUCUUACCUUUUGGAAGAUACACAGAUAACUGGCAGUCCAAUUUCAACUUUUGUUACUUUGAAUUCUGAAACUGGUGUUCUCAGUGCCGUUCGAUCAUUCGAUUAUGAGCAAAUUAAACAACUGGACUUGGUGGUCAGAGCACAGGAUGGUGGCUCCCCUCCCCUCAGCAGCAACGUGAGCGUCCGCAUCCUGAUCCAGGACCAGAACGACAACGCCCCUCAAGUCCUGUACCCGGUGCAGACGGGAGGCUCGCUGCUGGCCGAAAUGGUGCCUCGUUCUGCAGAUGUGGGCUAUCUUGUGACAAAAGUGGUGGCCGUGGAUGUGGACUCCGGUCAGAACGCCUGGCUCUCCUACAAAGUGCACAAAGCCACCGACAGGGCGCUGUUUGAAGUUGGCCUCCACAACGGAGAAAUCCGAACCGUCCGCCAAGUGACUGACAAAGAUGCUGUCAAACAAAGACUGACUGUUGUCGUGGAGGACAGCGGGCGGCCCUCUCGUUCAGCAACAGUCAUUGUGAACGUGGCGGUGGCCGACAGCUUCCCUCAAGUGCUGUCAGAGUUCACUGACUUGAGCAUGCACGACAAGGAGUACAAUGACCAGCUGACUUUUUACUUAGUCUUGGCGCUGGCGGUGGUGUCCUUCCUCUUCAUCACCUGCUUGCUGCUUAUCAUAUCGGUCAAAGUGUACCGGUGGAGACAGUCUCGCGUCCUGUACCACUCCAACCUGCCUGUCAUUCCGUAUUAUCCACCACGGUACUCGGAUACUUUGGGAACGGGGACUCUCCCGCACGUGUACAAUUACGAGGUGUGCAGGACCACCGACUCCAAAAAAAGUGACAUGAAAAAUAUGCAAGCCAUGAGUCAAAGUUUAGUGAGUGUGGAUGGAGCUGAUGCAGACAUGCCGCAUGUGAACAAGGAACUGUCAGGAAACCUUUCACAGAUGUCAACCUUGGUGAGUAAAUAUUUCACCACUAUUUCUCAGUUUUAUUUCAGUACAUGUGUCCACCAUUUCCAGUAUAAGAAGAAAGGGUUCUCAUCAGUUGUCACCUGUGAUCAAGUUUCACAUGUGACUUACAUCCAAAACCACUUUUAA